AUAAAUUUUAAUUUAUAAGGAUUAGUGCUUUCAAUGGAGUAAGGAGGGAAGAAUGAAGUAGACCAAAUUCACCAAACUUUAGCGAUCUAGAUCUAAAUGAAUCCAAGAAUAAAUGGAUGUUGACAAGUCUCUCACAGAGGAACUCGUUAAGAACGAAAAAGAAAAUGAGACUUUGGCAGAGAAUGAAAGAAUUAUCCAUGAGGAAGUUGUCAUAUCAGUAACUGAUGGUGACUCAAGCUUUUCAGAUGAAGACGAACUGACCACUAGAUGUAUGCCCAAAUCAACAAACUGUGCUCCUGCUAACGAUGCCAUCAAUGUCCUGUACCAAGCCGUUCCAGAAUUAGCCAACCAUUUCAGUAUCACAUGUAAAAUAGGGGAAGGUGCCUUUAGUUGUGUUUAUCUGGCCCAGCUCAAGCACUACCCCGAAGUGAAAGAAAUGUUUGCUUUGAAACACAUCAUACCAACCACGCACCCUUCACGCAUUCAGAAUGAACUGAACUGUUUACUCAAAAUUGGUGGAUGUGAUAAUGUUAUAGAUAUUAAACUGUGUCUGAGGCACAGAGACCAUGUGGUGUUUGUCAUGCCCAUAUUUCUGCAUGAUAAAUUUCAGGACUAUCUCUACAGUUUUGGUGUCGAUGAGGCGAGGGAGUACAUGAAAAAUUUACUUAUAGCGUUGCGGCGGGUUCAUCAGUUUAACAUCAUUCACCGUGACAUUAAACCAUCCAAUUUCCUGUACAACAGACAGCAAAAAAGAUAUGCCCUAGUGGACUUUGGCUUGGCCUCUGGCCCAAUGUUGAUAGACAGGGAUGCCGACAAACUCCGCAAGACGCUACCUACCGCUGGAGCCCCACCAUCAGACUCGACCAUCCGAGUGGCUCUCUCGCCAUCAAAGUUCGAUCCGUCUUGCAGUCGUGCCAAUGUGUACAAGUGUAAGAAACCCAGCACAGCUGUAAAGAAUCAACUGAUGAAGAAGAAAGAUCAUCCAUCUUUUGACUCCAGUCACAUUUGUGAUUGUUUCGGAAAAGCUCAAGUGUGUUCUGUCUGUGUGGCCAGACCAAAUCAAGUUGCGGCCAGAGCAGGCACUGCUGGCUUUCGUUCUCCUGAAGUUUUGAUGAAGUACACAGAACAAGGAACAGCUGUAGAUAUCUGGUCAGCUGGAGUUAUUUUCCUUUCCAUCCUCUCUGCUCGCUACCCAUUCUUCCGUGCUGAAGACGAUAUCGGGUACCUGGCUCAGAUCAUCUCCGUCCUCGGUUCAGAGCCCUGCGUCCAGGCAGCAUCUAGUAUAGGUAAACAUUUACUUUUGAGCGAGCCAGUGGAGGCUGUGGACCUCAAGGCAAUGUGUACUAAGCUGAGAAUGUCUCAGAUGUCUGUCAAACUGGGCACCAGCAGCCAGUUUCAGCAAAUUGUUAAGUCAUGGAAGGCUAUGUCCGAUGAGCCGUAUGACCUGCUCAGCAAAAUGUUGGACCCAAAUCCUCACACUAGAAUCACAGCAGAAGAUGCUCUCAACCACCCCUAUUUUACAAACUCUUGAUCUGUUUUUUUUUUUUUUUUUUUUCAUACAAAUCUGGGUCAUUGUUAUUUUUAGGAGCUUAGUAAAUAAAAUCCAGCUCUAUAAGCUAACAGUAUGGUGUCUUUGAAAUAGACCAAGAGCAGAUAAUGUAAAGGUUUUCCUGUUAGGCGACCAUUGGAUAAUGUCGCAGGGUUUACUGAGAGAUGCCCUAAAUUUCUUGCAUUUUAGUGCUGCAAAUAUGCAUUACCAUAUAGCUACCAAGGUGACGCCUUCCAAUGAAAGACUCAAUGUUCAAAAUCUUAGGUCACCUGACCUUACACUUAGCUACUUUCUAGUAGCAAAGCCAGGAUUCAGUUACUAUGUAAUUAGAGGCUGUAAGUGUAUCACUGUGAUUACAUAUUUUAUUUGGGUUUCUUUUUAAUUUGAAUGUAAGUUUUAAGCUUUAUGAACUGUCUAGUUGGAUCUAGGUCUGUUUUACCUCAAAUUCCUUGUAUAAAUUGUAUUUCUGUGUUGUGAGCAGAAGUGCUGUGUGUUUACAGAGAGUUGUAUUUUGUGUUAAGGAUGUAUGAUAUUAAUGAGCCAAAUCAGAAUGUCAUUGUGAAGAGAUCUGGUGUGAAAUAGUGCCAUUUAUCUGUUGUUUUUUUUUUAAGAAUUUAUUAUCAAGCGCAUUUUUAAUUCAUUUAUCUUUUGUUUUGUUUUUUAAGGUAUAUUAAUGUUCUUUUUUAUGGUAUCAUCUUUUAACAUUGAAGAUUUUUUUUUUUUACUAUUAAAAAUUAUUUUAUGAGGUUUGUUACAGUCAUCAUGGUUUUAGGUUUAUAAUAUUUUAAAAUCAUCAUUUUUUAAGUACGAAAUUUUGUAGGUCACAAUUUUGUUCUAGCUACUACUAGUGUUAUAGUGUUGAUACGAAAUAAUUGGUUUCUCUUGAGAGAUUGUAACAUGAUUUACUGCAUGUAUUUAUAUUCUGUAAUAAAUUAAUUUUCCCAUGACAUGUUUAAA